AUGGUCAGCUCCCUCGUCUGUGUCCACGGACUGCUGCACUGCUGUCCAGAGGAGCCAGCGUCCCUUCUCCGGUCAUCGUCGGUCAGCCAGUCGUGGACUUCCAGCCUAGACCCCUGUGUCCUUGUGUCCACUUCUCCUGAUCCCUUGGCCGCCCCCGCAGAAGGCUGGAGCAGGGCCGCCUGCUCCCUUCGGGUCCCUGCUCGAGCCCACGCCGGCCCCGGCGCCCACCCGCAGCCCUGCCCCUGGACACUGGAUAAGGCUCAGCGCACAGAUCCCCGGGCGGACAGCAUGGCCCGUGGCUUGCUCCCGCUGGUCAUCGCCCUGUUGUUGGCCAUCUGCAGCCUCAGUCCCACAAGUCUUGCAGAAACAGUCCAUUGUGACCUACAGCCUGUGGAUCCUAAGAAAGGCCAGGUGACAUACACUAUGAGCCAGGUCUCGGAAGGCUGUGUGGCCCAGGUUCCCAAUGCCACUCUGGAAGUUCAUGUGCUCUUCCUGGAGUUCCAAAGGGAGCUGUCAAAUCUGAAGCUGACUCUUGAGCCAUCGGAGGAAAAUGGCAUUGUCCAGCCCCAAGAGGUGCUCGUGGUCCUCUACGUGAACAAGAAAGUCUAUCUGCAGCUGGAGACCCCGAAAAUCCCCCUUCGCCUGGCCUAUAAUCUCAAUCUGGUCACCCUCCCAGAAUCCCUGGAAGUCAACACUAUACAGCUGCCACCGUUCACUGUCAAGAGUCAGAUCCUCGACUGGGCAGCUACAAAGGGCCCCAUCUCCUCCAGCGCCAAGCUGAAUAACCCCCUCAGCAUCCUCCUCCGUCUGAGCCAAGCUUCGAAGGCACUGUCCUGCCUGCCUGAGGAACGCGUAGACAUGGGUCGCACGCUUGAGUGGCAGCCUCAGACCCGAGCCUUGGUCCAGGGCUGCCGCUUGCCAGGCAUAUCUGGCCACAAGGAAGCACACAUCUUGAGGAUCCUGCCAGGCCCCAUAGUCAGGCCCCAGACAGUGACAGUGAAGGUGGAACUGAGCUGCACGUUGGGAGACCCAGAUGCCAUCCUCAUCCUGCAGGGCCCACCCGAAGUGUCCUGGCUAGUCGAUGCCACUCACAACAUGCAGAUCUUGACCACCGGUGUUUACUCCUUCAAGAUCUUUCCUAAUAAGAACAUUCCUGGCUUCGUGCUGCCAGACACACCCCAAGGCCUUCUGGGAGAGGCCCUGAAGCUCAACGCCAGCGUCGUGGCAUCGUUCGUGGAGCUCCCCUUGGUCAGCACCAUCUCACUGCGGGCCCCCAGCUGUGGGCUGCAGACCACUCCCACACCGACACCAGUCCAGGCCACCAUUCCCAAGGUCGGCUGCAAUGGACGUCUGCUCAGGAGCCUGCUGAAUCCCAAAUGCUCCAAUGACAGCAUGACUGUGGUACUCAAGAAGGAGCUCACCUUGGCUAUGCAGUGCUUCAUCACCAGACUAACCUUCCGGGACCCCAGCUGUGAGGCUCAAGACAGCCCGAAUGAGUUUGUUCUGCACAGCACUUUCUCCACGUGUGGCACAAAAAAGACGGAAAACAUGAUCAGCAAUGAGGUGAUCAUCAACUUCCCGGCAAACUUAUCACCACCAGAGAGGAAAGAGGUGCACUGCAUCAAUAUGGACAGCGUCUCCAUCCAGCUGGGCUUCUACCUCAGCCAGCACUUUCAGCAGGCCUCCAAUACCAUCGAGCUGGGCCAGCAGGGCUUUGUUCAGGUGACCAUGUCCCUGUCCUCUACGAUUGAGCACCACAUAAACAGCUGCUCCUUGGAUUUAGGACCUGAGGCAAACGUCAUGGAACUCAUCCAUAACAACACACCCAAGGGCAGCUGUGUAAGCCUGCUGCCCUUAGGCCCUAAUAAAGACCCUCGGUUUAGCUUCCUCCUCCGUGGCUACAUCGUGCCCACACCCACGGCUGGCAUUCUCAGAUGCACCAUAGACCUUCGUCAUGAAACCUGGUCCCAGAAAGUCCAGAAGGUCGCUGUCAUGCACCUGAACAUCAUCAGCCCUGGGCUGACUGACAGAGGCCUUGUCCUGCCUGCUGUACUGGGCAUCACCUUUGGUGCCUUCCUCAUUGGGGCUCUGCUCACCGCUGCACUCUGGUAUAUCUACUCCCACACACGGACUCCCAGCAAACGGGAGCCUGUGGUGGCAGUGGCAGCCCCUGGAUCCUCGGAGAGCAGCAGCACCAACCACAGCAUCGGGAGCACCCAGAGCACCCCCUGCUCCACCAGCAGCAUGGCAUAG